GUCAAUUUGCAGUCAGUCCACGGAAAAUGUCAUUCAAGAAAAGAGUUUUUUUCAGAAUAUUUCCUACUGAAAAGACGGAAUUUGAGCACAUAAAAUUAGACAGCAAAACCGGUACAAUAUACGUUCGCCAUUUACAAGAAUUGUCUAAAAACAACAUUAAAACAGAUCGCAGUUACUGGAAGUUUGAAACCGAUGGAAUUUUUUACAACUCGACUCAAGAAACCGUAUAUAAUGAUGUCACAGCGGGAGUUUUGGAAGAGGUAAUCAAUGGAAAUAACGCCGUGAUAGCAUCAUUUGGCCAAACAGGCUCUGGAAAAACUUUCACCAUAAGCGGCCUUCAUAUUACUGAAAACGAAUUUGGAAUCCUUCCACGCAUCGCUAAAGAUUUCCUGGCCUUAAGAAAAUCGAUGCCCAACAAUAUCAAGCUUGGAAUUGAUAUGUCCUAUGUGGAAUUCUACAACACUUUUGCCAUCGAUCUUCUAAAACCAGAUCUUAUUACCAUUGAAAUUUCCAAAUGCCGGGAAGUCCGGAAGGUUCAAAUCUCCAACGAGUUUGAAGCUCUAAAGUGCAUCUUUCUAGGAGAAGCCCGCAAAAAUUUCAAGCAGGGAUGCAGAUAUUUAUCGAAUUUGGACACGAAUGUGGCAACUUUCCAUAUAACAAAGAAAGAUAUGGAUCUAACUAACCCAGUGAAAAUUUGCUCGAGGCUGCAUAUAAUUGACAUGGCCGGGAACGAUACAUGUGGAAACAUGAAACUAUUCUGCAAAAACCCCAAAGAAAUCGGGCUGGCAAAUGUAACCAAAUCGCAAUUGGAACAGUUCAUUCUGUGUCUUUCUACGAACAUAUCGAAAAACAUCCGAGUAAAGCAACGGAUCAACUCACUAAUUUAUUAUUUGAAUGGGGAUUUUGCCUCAGAGAGUAUCCUCAGAUUCAUAGGCCAUAUCAAGGCGAAGAAUGAAGACCUUCUAAUAACGCUGUCGAUGUUAAGAUUCGGAAAUAUCCUCAAAGGCCUCAAAAUGAAGCGAAAAGUAAUGCAAUUCGAACUCAAUGAGGAAGUGGAACUGCAAUACCUCAGGAAUAAAUUGCAAUCUAUUGAAAAAGAUCAGCAUUUGAACUCUGUGCUGCUCAACCGCGAUUUGGUCACUGGGAUGAAUCCCGAGCGAAUAAAGCAUCUGCACAAUUUAAUUCAAGACUACCUGGCUGGGAAUGUACAGGAAAUUCCUCUUAUGAACGUAGCGGAUGCUGGCCUUGUUCUGGAAAACAUCAGAACCCUUUGUAAAGGCCUUGAAAAUGAAAUAAAGGCUCUUCAAAUUGAAAAUCAAGGAUUGGUAGCCCAUCAGCAGAGCGAAGUUACUUUGAAGCAAAAAAGCUCCAAAAGCUCUUCGCAUAGCACGAUUGGUAAACUGUCGCGCAGAUCUUCAAAGGCCCGAUCCAAGGAGAGUAUUACAAAAGAAAAUAAACAGAGCGGCAGUAACAUUGCAGAAAAACAGAAGCUCAAUGAAACUGGGGAGUUAUCAAUUGCUUCCUCCCAAAAACGCAAAAAAUCUGUAACAAAAUCGUCCACCAGCGGCAUGAAUAAGGCAACCAACCGAAAAAAAUCCAGUAAUACUUCCGUCGAAAAACGCGAUUCAAAGAGCAGCGUUAAAAGCCUGGAUGUUCAAAUGCCCAUUCCCGAGAUGAUUCCUGAAAAACAGGAUAUGUGGAGACGAUUUGCUUCGUCCAGCCAUUACAAAGAGAGAGUUGAAGAAUACAAGCAAAACGAACAAGAGAUAAAGAGCCACUUUUCCAGUUAUGUGCACGAGAUUAAAAAACUGCAAAAAAUCAAAGAUGACAAUGAUAAACACAUCAACGACUUACUGCUGGCGCAAACAUACAGAAAAUUCAACAGCAAGGAUGAAUUUGAUGAACAGGGUCUGUUGGUCUUAUCCUAUGCAGAAAAGGAAUGCAAGGAAAGGCUGGAUGAAACGCGCGAAAUGCUGGUGGAUCAGCAGGAGAUUACUUUAACAGCGCAGGAAGCUUUGAAGGCUUAUCUGGACAAUCGACAAAAUAUCAUCAAAAGCGCCGAGAGCGAGUUUGAUCAGUUUUGCGCUGAAAACUACCAAGUUCCUAGCGUGGAUAUCCAGCUGGUUCAAAAUGACUUGAACCCGUACACUUUCGACGCAAACAUUGAAGAUCCAGACAGUGUCUUAGAAAAGGAAGAAGAACUUACGUUUAUCCCAGAGCCACCUGCAAAGACGCAGAUCAUUCGAAAUCUCCAAACAUUGCUACAACGCGAACAAAGAGCCAGAAUAAAAGCUAUAAACAGAAAAAAACAAGAGUGGAGAAACGUUUGAAAUAUUCCCAAUCUUUCUGGUGGAAGAAAAACAACAAUAUUAUUAUGUAAUUAUAUAUGUAUUCAGAAAA